AUGGAUGUUAUUAAUGUGCCGCUGUCCGGGCUGACCGCUUAUCCAAGGGUCACAAGCGCAAGUCUAACUGCCUCUGCUCUGCGUGUCUUACAGCUGCUGCCGGCCGACAGACACCGUGGGUCCGACUGCAAGGAGAAGACAUGAGGAAAUCCAUCCGGAGGAUGUUUAACCCUUCGGGGGAUAAGGGGGACAGUGAAUACGAUGGGGUGAUCCUGCAGUCCGACACCAGCCUGCAGGAGGUGGAGCCGCAGCUCAUAUUCAAGUUUAUUGCAGAAGGCAAUGUUUGCAGUGUUCGGAGCUUUAUACUGAAAACUCCUGCAAGUCUGACUGUCAGAGAUGACUCUGAUGCCACGCCACUCCACCACGCUGCGAAGCACGGUUUCUUAGAACUGAUGUUGAUGAUUAUCAAUGAAUCUACUGAUGACGUGAUCAAUGCCGUAGAUUGUACCGGAAACACGCCACUCCAUUGGGCCGUACAGAAAAAUAAAAUUGACAGUGCUAAAAUACUCCUGUCCAGAGGAGCUGACCCAAACGUGUGCAACUUCUACAAACUAUCACCACUGCACUUGGCUAUCCAGUUACAUUAUAACGCCAUUGUUGAGGUAUUGAUUCUUCAUCCUGCUACAAAUAUUGAUCUUGAAGGGGAUCUUGGGAAUACACCAAUAAUGCUAGCAUGCUACAAGGACAACCAUGAAGCUUUGCUGUUACUAAUAAGUCACGGGGCAAAGCUGUGUAAGAGAAAUAAGCUGGGAUUCUAUCCGGUCCACAUGGCUGCAUUCUCGGGGUCUUUAAAAUGCUUGGACAUUGUUUUGAAGACAGCGGAAAAGAUGGGAUACUGCAUCGAGGAGAAUGUGAACUACACAGAUAACGAAAAAAGUAGCCCUCUCCACAUUGCUGUUCAAAAUGGAGGAUUAGAAAUUGUGAAAGCAUUGGUUUCAUACGGUGCUAAAGUUGAUCUUAAACAGAAUGACAAUGCCACCGCACUUCAUUUCGCUGCGACACAAGGAGCAACUCAGAUUGUCAAGUUCAUGAUUUCAUCCUAUACAGGAGAUAAGAAAAUUGUUGAUCUGCCUGAUGGAAACAAUGAGACUCCGCUUCAUAAAUCUGCUUUGUUUGAUCAUGUUGAACUGGCACAGUAUCUGAUAUCAAUGGGAGCAAAUAUUGACGCUGAAGAUGAUGAGAUGCGUACACCUCUUCUAUUAGCCACUUCAUGUUCUGCUUGGAAUAUUGUCAAUCUGCUGCUUUGCAAAGGUGCAAAUGUAAAGCUUACUGAUAACUAUGGAAGGAACUUCCUGCAUUUGGCAGUACUACAGCCAGGAGGCCUGAAAAACAUUAAUAAUGAAUGUCUCCAGAUGGAGAACAUAAAGGCACUAGUAAGUGAUGAAGACUCCGAAGGCUGCACCCCACUCCACUACGCUUGCCGUCAGGGCGUUCCAAACUCCAUCAAUAAUCUGCUUGGUCUCAAUGUUUCUCUUUAUUCAAAAAGCAAAAAUAAAAGAUCAGCGCUGCACUUUGCUGCAUGUUAUGGCCGUAUUAACACCUGCCAGAGACUUCUAAGGUUUGUGUCUGAUACGCGACUUCUCAAUGACGGAGAUGAGAAAGGCAUGACACCUCUUCAUUUGGCUGCAGAAAGUGGACAUGAAAAAAUAGUUUUUCUUCUGCUGAAAAGGGGAGCCCUUCUUUUAAGUGACCACCGCGGCUGGACAGCUCUGCACUAUGCUGCGUUUGGUGGCUAUACCCGCACAAUCAAAGUACUUCUGGAUACUUCUAUUGGUCUAAUUGACAAAGCAGACAAGGAAAAGAAUACAGCGCUGCACCUGGCUGCACUAGAGGGCCACGCCAAGGCAGUGAUCCUCCUCCUGGACAGUGGAGCGGCCAUUACCAUGAAUAUAAAUGGGGCCUCUUUCAUUCACGAAGCAAUACGCCAUGGAAGAAAAGAUGUGGUUCAAGCUGCAAUCCAGAGCGAUAGGUGGGAAGAAGUUUUAUCUGAAUUUUCCCUUGAGUCUAGCUAUGAGUGCCCUAUUAUUGAAAUGGUUUCUUAUCUGCCAGAAAGUUUAAAAACUCUUCUUGACAGAUGCACGGUUGAGGCGAACGUUGACAAGAAAAGUUGUGAUUUUUAUAUUGAAUAUAACUUCAAAUAUCUCCAGUGCCCUCUCAGCUUCCAAAAAGCUAACAAGGCAAAGAAGGACGUGAUUUUUGAACCUUUGACAACAUUAAAUGCCAUGGUGAAUCAUAACCGUGUAGAGCUGCUUUCUCAUCCAGUUUGUAAAGAGUAUUUGCUUAUGAAAUGGAUGGCUUAUGGAUUUAAAGCACAUCUCCUAAACCUGGCAUUUUAUUCACUGGGCUUAAUACCUUUAACCCUGCUGGUCAUGAAUGCUGUUAGGCCAGAAUCCCUCAAUGCGAAUGUGACACAAAAGCCAGGAGCAUUACAACUGAAGGAUAGGUAUUUCACAAGAGUUUGCAUGGGCAUUGUACUUACCACGAGUUCCUUAGGAAUCAUAAAAGAGCUUAUACAGAUCUUUCAACAGAAACUGAAGUACCUGAUGGACAGCAGCAAUAUUAUAGACUGGGCAAUAUAUAUUUCAAGCAUUAUUUUUGUGUCAUCGUUAUGGCGGCCAACGCUAACCAUGGGACAUUGGGAGUGGCAAUUCGGUUCAAUGGCUGUAUUUGCAUCAUGGGUUAACUUUCUAAUAUAUCUUCAAAGGUUUGAAAACUGUGGAAUUUAUAUUGUAAUGUUCUGGGAGAUCUUGAGAACUCUGCUGAGAAUUGUGGUUCUUUUCUUUUUUCUAAUUUUGGGCUUUGGGCUGAGCUUUUUUGUUCUGCUCUAUCCCCAGACAACCUUCAGCAACCCUUACCUGGCAUUAAUGCAGACGUUCACCAUGAUGCUGGGAGAUAUUAACUAUCACGAUGGAUUUCUUCAUCCUCUGCUUGACAACCAAAUAGAAUACCCAUUCUUCACCUUCCUCCAUCUCAUCAUGUUCACAUUGCUGAUUCCAAUCCUCCUUAUGAACUUGCUUAUUGGUUUGGCUGUUGGUGAUAUUGCAGAAGUACAACGAAAUGCAGCACUGAAAAGGAUAGCAAUGCAGGUGAGCCUCCAUACAAAUCUGGAGAAGAAGCUGCCUUACUGGUUCUUGAAGCAUGUAGAUCAAGUCGGUAUUACUGUGUACCCUAACAGACCAAGAAUUUGGGGAAUUGCUUUUAACUCUACUUUUCUUAAGUAUUUUCUCACUUGUGAGAACUUUAAAGCAGAAAUUCCUAGUAGUGACACAACAGUGGAGAUGGAACUUUUUAAGCAAAAAAACAGGUUAAAAGAUCUGUCGUUAAUCAUGCAGAAGCAGCAUGAACUUAUUAAGCUAAUAAUUCAGAAAAUGGAAAUUGUAUCAGAGGCUGAAGAAGAGGAUACUAAUGAUCCCUUUCAAAGCAAAAACAUGAAGAAGCAGAAAAUGGACCGCAAAGAGAGUAAAUGGGAUUGUGUGGUUAAGGCUGUUAAAUGCAAAGGUGUUUAAAUUACAGCAACUGUUUGCUAGAGUGUAUCAACACCAUCAAAUAUUAAUGUGCUGAAUUACUAACUGGAUCCCAAAUGUUUUCCCGUCUCUGCGUUUUUGCAAUAUCCGCAAAAAACGUCUCUCAUAAUAGGUAGUCGUUUACUUAAGAAUAUGGCAUAUAAUAUAAACAUGUAUUUUGUAACAUAAUGAAUGCAAGUUUUAUGUGAACGUUUUCUGUGACAUCUGUUAGGUGGCAUUGCUGGCUCUUGGUAUACUAAAAUCAAUUAAUCUCAAGAACAAACAGUCUCGGCAACUAGUGAUAAAAACAGCAGAGGAGAGGGGUUAUCUCUUCAUCACAUUGAAGAACUGUGUUGUCAGUGCGUAGAAGUUCUUUGAAUCUGUAAUAUGUUACCUGUGGUUCUUACCUAGCUCAUCAAUUCACUUUAGAAUGUAAGCUUAGCCCCAUAUGUACGAUAAUACAGUGCCUCCACGUGUCUUUUGGAGUAACACAUGUUAACUACAGACUGUCAGUCUAUGUCUAUCCUCUUAACCCAACAAUGACACCAUUUGUAUUGUAAGUAUGUAAGUGUACUCACUCUGAAGUGUACUCACUCUGAAGUGUACUCACUCUGAGCCUUGGAAACGUAUGCAGCUCUACAUCUUACUCUAUGACUAU